UUUAUUUUUUCCGUGUGUCUCACGCAGUGAAUCUUGAUUGGUUGGUUUUCAGCGGGGUGAAUCAUGGCGGAAAGCGAGAACGGCAGAGCUGCAAAGAGACUGAAAACAGAUGCGGACAAUGAGCGCGGAGACGUGGGAGAAGUGUCUUCCGACAGCCCGGUCUCGGACUUUGAAAUCACCCGCAUUCUGCGCGACUGUUCGCGGGAGAAGAACAUCUUCAUUCAUGGAAAGGUGAAGGAUCAGGAUGCUGUUGUGAUCCUGGAGAAAACUCCCAUCAGACAGGACACGCUGUCCGAGUUACUGAAGAGCAGUCAACUCAAGCUGGAGAUGAAGAAUGACAUUUACAGCACAUACCAGCUGCAGGCACCAGCACACCUGAAUGAAAUCAAAACGACAGUGGUGUGUCCUGCGACAGAGAAGCAUGUCAAGAAGUAUUUGCAUCAAGAGGUUUUUCUAGUUGAAGAAUCAGGGGAGGAUUAUCGUAACAUCACCCUACCGUACAUCAGCAGCCAGAGCUUCAGUGUGCAGUGGGUACACAAUAUAUUGGAGAAGAAAGCCGAAGCUGAUCGGAUUAUUUUCGAGGACCCAGACCCCGAUACUGGUUUUGUUUUGUUGCCCGAUUUCAAGUGGGACCAAAAGCAGCUACAAGACCUGUAUUUGAUUGCCAUCGUCCAUCGGAGGGAUGUUAAAAGUUUGAGGGAUCUUACAUCAGAGCACCUGCCGUUACUCACAAACAUCCGCAGUAAAGGAGAGGACACCAUUCAGCGGCAGUACGGCGUCCCUCCGAGCAAACUGCGUGUGUAUCUCCACUAUCAACCGUCAUACUAUCACCUCCACGUCCACUUCACCUCGCUGGAGUACAACGCUCCAGGUUGUGGAGUGGAAAGAGCCCACCUGCUCUCUGAUGUCAUUCAGAACUUGCAGGCAGAUUCCAGUUAUUAUCACAGCCGUAGCCUGGCGUUCCCACUGCGGGCCGAUGAUGGUCUGCUCCUCAGGUUCAAAGAGGCCGGGAAACUCUAGAGACCCAUUUUUUUGGGGAACUUCAGCUUUUUUGUUUUUUACUUUUUUUAUUAAUGUUAUGAUGUCGUAAUUGCAGGUUAAAGUACACUGACUGCUGACAAGUUUUAAAAGAUGCAUUAUUAAGGCCAGUUGACAGACGGCAACAAACACUUCGUCGGUUUCGUUGGAUCAGUGUGUGUCUGUUGGCGUCUGUCUGAGCUUGUUUUGAACAUGCUGAAUCGGCACUCGUCAGGUCAUGGAAUGUCUGAGAAGUGACGUACUGUAAUCUGGUGUUUGUUAGUGUUGGUCAGCAUCUGUCGGUGCAAUGAGAAUUGGCAUUUACAGUAUUCACUCUGUAUAUUGUAAUAUGGUCAUGUUUUGACCCUGAUGUCUAAAUUUGGUUACAUUUUAUGAUCAUCUGCAUUUUUAUUAAAGUACUGAUUGUUUUUA